AUGGUUAAAUAUUUUACCUUUCCAGAUUACAUAUUUGUGACACCCGUCAAAGUGGAUUCCAGUGGAUCGUACAUUUCGCAUGAUGUUUUGCACAGCACUAGGAAAAAGAGAUCGACUCAGAGUUCAAAAAGUUCCUUGCACUACAGAUUUUCAGCAUUUGGACAGGAACUGCACUUAGAACUGAAACCUUCUACCAUAUUAAGCAACAGCUUUACUGUCCAGGUACUUGGGAAAGACGGAGUCACAGAUUCUCAGGACCGUGAAGUUGACCAGUGCUUCUAUCAAGGAUUUAUAAGGAACGAUAGCACCUCUUCAGUAGCAAUAUCUACAUGUGUAGGCUUGUCAGGUUUGAUAAGGACACGGGAGAAUGAAUUCCUUAUAUCUCCAUUACCUCAGCACCUAGCACAGGAACAUAAUUAUACAGCACCCGCUGGACAUCAUCCUCAUGUCUUAUACAAACGGACAGCAGAAGAGAAAGUGCACCGGUACAAAGUAUCUUCCAGCCCCAAUCACUUUUCCCCUGGUCAUCACAGAAAUCACACUUACUCCAAGUAUCAUGGUCAGGCGAAUGAUUACCACCCUGGAAGGUUUCAAAAGCAGCAUUUUUGUGGACGUCGCAAGAAAUAUGCACCUAAACCACCCACAGCAGAUAGGUACAUUUUCUCCGAUGAGUAUGGUAGUUUUGCAAGGUUCAAAAGAUCGUCUGUUAAAAUCCAGAAAAGCAGAAGUCUCAGUGUUGAAACCCUUGUUGUGGCUGAUAAAAAAAUGCUGGAGAAGCAUGGAAAGGAAAAUGUAACCACGUACAUCUUAACAGUUAUGAACAUGGUUUCUAGCCUUUUUAAAGAUGGAACAAUUGGAAGUGACAUAAACAUCAUUGUUGUCAGUCUCCUCCUUUUGGAACAAGAACCUGGUGGAUUAAUGAUCAGCCAUCAUGCAGACCAAUCAUUAAACAGCUUUUGUCAGUGGCAGUCUGCUUUGGUUGGGAAGAAUGGAAGACGCCAUGACCAUGCCAUCUUGCUGACAGGAUUUGAUAUCUGUUCUUGGAAAAAUGAACCCUGUGACACUUUAGGAUUUGCACCUAUUAGUGGCAUGUGUAGUAAAUAUCGUAGCUGCACCAUCAAUGAAGAUACAGGUCUGGGUUUGGCAUUUACUAUUGCCCACGAAUCUGGACACAACUUUGGUAUGAUUCACGAUGGAGAAGGGAAUCCCUGUAGAAAAGCUGAAGGGAAUAUCAUGUCACCCACGCUCACAGGAAACAAUGGAGUCUUUUCUUGGUCUGUAUGCAGCAGGCAGUACCUCAACAAAUUUCUCAGUACAGCUCAAGCUGCUUGCCUGAUUGAUGAACCUAAGCAAACAGGACAGUAUAAAUACCCUGAUAAACUGCCAGGGCAGAUCUAUGAUGCUGAUACCCAGUGCAAAUGGCAAUUUGGAACGAAAGCAAAACUGUGCAACCUCAGUUUUGUGAAGGAUAUAUGCAAAUCACUCUGGUGUCAUAAAGUAGGUCACAGAUGUGAGACAAAGUUCAUGCCUGCAGCAGAAGGGACAGCUUGUGGCAUAAGUAUGUGGUGUCGAAGAGGUCAGUGUGUCAAAUAUGGAGAUCAUGGACCCAAGCCUAUUAAUGGCCAGUGGUCUGCUUGGUCUGAGUGGUCAGAGUGUUCUCGGACCUGUGGAGGUGGAGUAACGUAUCGAGAGAGACACUGCAAUAACCCAAAGCCACAGUAUGGUGGCAAGUUCUGUCAGGGUUCCAGCCGUAUUUAUCAGCUUUGCAAUAUUCAGCUAUGCCCACCUAAUAGGCUGGACUUCCGGGCACAGCAGUGUGCAGAGUAUAACAGCAAGCCUUUCCGCGGAUGGUACUACAAAUGGAAGCCCUAUACUAAAGUCGAAGAGGAAGAUAGAUGUAAGCUGUACUGCACAGCUGAAGACUUUGAUUUUUUCUUUGCAAUGUCCAGCAAAGUGAAGGAUGGAACCCCAUGUUUCCCCAACGCAUAUGACGUUUGCAUUGAUGGAGUUUGUGAACAAGUUGGGUGUGAUCAUGGACUUGGAUCAAAAGCUGCAUUGGAUGCUUGUGGAGUUUGCAAAGGAGAUAAUUCAACAUGCAAGUUUUUUAAAGGCCAAUACUUGAUCCAACACAAAGCUAAUGACUAUUAUCCAGUAGUCACUGUUCCAGCCGGAGCACGUAGUAUUGAAAUCCAGGAAAUGCAAAUCUCCACCAGCUACCUUGCAGUGCGCAACCUAAAUAAGAAGUAUUAUCUCACAGGGGACUGGACAAUUGACUGGCCAGGAAAGUUUUCUUUUGCUGGGACAACUUUUGAUUAUCAACGCUCUUUUAACCAUCCAGAGAGUCUAUAUGCGGCAGGGCCGACUAAUGAGACACUAGUCUUUGAACUCUUGUUACAAGGCACAAAUCCUGGUAUCUCUUGGGAAUACACAUUUCCCAAAGCCAUCAGUGAGAACAAGACAUCUGCCAAGAAACACAGCUACUCCUGGGUGACGAUACAGUCAGAGUGCUCAACUGCAUGUGGUGGAGGGCACUUUACAGCAAAAACACUUUGUUUACAAGACCAUCACAUGCGUGUGAAUUCCUCUUUCUGUGACCCAAGGACAAAGCCUGUGACGGAAACAAAACUGUGCAAUACUAACCCCUGCCCAGCAUACUGGUCAACAGGCGAAUGGAGCACGUGCAGCAAAUCUUGUGGUGGAGGGCAACAAAGUCGCUUGAUUCAGUGUGUGCAGAAAAAAUCUUUUCAAAAGGAGGAGGUGGUAGCACAUUCCCUUUGUCCAGUCAGCACUCCGGCUCAGGUACAGAUGUGUAAUAACAGAGACUGUCCCCCUGAAUGGAGCACUGGACCUUGGUCGCAGUGUUCUAAGACCUGUGGGAGAGGCAUUAAGAAACGGGACGUUUACUGCAAAGGCAACAGCUCUUUCAAGGUGAAAAUCUUACCGGAGAGUUUGUGCAGCAAAGAACCCAAGCCAGAACCCCAGCAGACCUGCGUGCUAGGACGAUGCCCCAAGAACGACCGACUCCAGUGGAUGAUUUCUUCUUGGAGUGAGUGUUCAACCUCCUGUGGCCCUGGUGUAAGAAAGCGGGAAAUGAAGUGCAUUGAGAAAAGCAUCCAUGGAAAACUGAUCACCUUCCCUCAGCGAAGAUGUCGGAACAUAAAGAAACCAAGCAUAGAGCUGGAAGAAACAUGUAACAAUGGAGCUUGUCCAUUGAUUACAUUAUAUAGCAUGGUGUCUGGAUGGUACUCCUCACCCUGGCAACAGUGUACGGUAACAUGUGGUGGGGGCGUGCAAAUGCGGACCGUGCAAUGCUUGAGGCAGGGACGACCAGCAUCUGGAUGUCUGCCCCAUCAGAAACCGGCUAUCUCAAGAGCCUGCAAUACCAACUUUUGCCCAGCUCCUGAGAAAAAAGAUGAUCCCUCCUGUGUGGAUUUCUUCACUUGGUGUCAUCUGGUCCCCCAGCAUGGUGUCUGCAACCACAAAUUUUAUGGCAAGCAAUGCUGUAAAUCAUGCACAAAGAAGAUCUGAUAGCAAUAUUUUAUUCCAGCCCUGCAAUGACAGGAUUCUUCCCUUCAAUUUAUGUUGGAAUUAAAUUUAUUCUGUGGCAGGACAUGGUGCCACAUAAACCACUGGUGGAAGAGACACAUGCCAUAGAGUAAUAUUUUCUAAGGGAAUGUCUGAGGUACAGUAAUUGUUGGACAAAUAGUGAACAAGGCCUGGUUUUUUUGCUGACCUCACUAAAGUACAGGGUACUAUGGAUCACUUGAACACUAAGAAGCAAGGGACAAUUCGUUCUUUAAGUGUAUCAUUUUGCACUGUCUUAUAAGGAAAACACUAAGGCAAGCAAGGCUUAUUGGGAUAAUUUAAUGGAAUGCAAUCAAAAGAGGUUGCCAAUUCCACAAAUAAGGUUACAGUGUGAUGGUACAUAUACCACAGUGUUAACAUAGUGUCCUGUCCCUAUUUGUUAUGAUGAUAAACUUUCCAAAGGAAGGAAGGUGUUUACUGCCAUUCUCACAAGAGAGAAAUUCAGAUGACUGUUGCCUGGAGAAUGCAGUGUCACAGGUGCUGUGACCCCAAGAAGUAAAAGAGUGCACUACGGAGAUAUAUGGUGCUUUUCUAUUACACUUGCUGCUGGAAAAGCGAGUUUUGCAUCAUGCUAUUGUUUUUAUUGUUUUGAAGAAUUCACCUUCUGCUUCGUGUAGAAACUCAGAGGUGGUUACCUAGCAACUUGAAAUGUAUUCCUAGAAAUAUUCAGCUGUUAGAAUAUGUUGGACGUUUAGCAUUGCUGUGUAUUACAAAUACAAUAGCAUUUUGUAUUUCAACUAACUCAUCCAAGGAUUUGGUGAGCUUAAUGGUUAUAAAGUUCUCCAUCUUCUAAGCUCAUAUGAUAUGUAGUGUUAUGGUUUAAACUUGGUUAUCAGUAAUGAAUACUCAAACUAUGUUUUGCCAGAAGCUAAAUUGUUUGAAUACCAAUAUGUUGAAGAAUGUUUCAUUCCAUCUCUGCAGAUUUUGGUUCAUCAGUUACCGAAAAGGAAACAGAAGCUUGGCCAAUCUUUUACUUCAUGUAUACACGUUGCUGAAGAGUUAUUUAUUCAUACAUGCAAUAUCAUUAGCUGAAAAGUAGUAAGCUAACCAGAAAAAAAAUUAAAUCAAUGAUAUCUCUAUAUAUUUUCAUAACGAUCAAAAUCCACUUAUUUAGAUCAGGGGCCCUAAAGCAAAUAGCAUGCAUUUUAUAACACCUGCGAUGAUAUUUGCAAUAGCCAACAGGCAGUAGAGACCGUGUAUUGAAUGAUACAAUUUAAAAUGUUACUGCAUUGGAAAAACACCCAAUUUAUUUGCCAAAACCAUUCUAACUGAGACAGGGCUGUGUCCUACUGUAAUUUUCUGGGGAGUGGCUAUAAGGGACAUAUUUAUCUAAUUCCACCCAUUCCCACAACUGCUUUUGAUGAAUGCAUCUCAAUUUUACUGCUUGUUAAAAUAUCAUUUCAAACUAGAAUUAGCCAGCUCAGCACUAAUGCCAGACAGUGGUCAGUUAAAAUUAGCAGUUCCUUUUGCAACAAUUUAAAUGAAAAACAUGUUUACUAUGAUACUUUAAGAAAUGAUUGGUAACAUAUCUCAAUCUACUAGGCUCUGUCUGAUAUUGGACAUCAUAUAAUUAUAACUUCUAUUUUUUUCUAGGAAAACUGCAAGGGUUUUUUGUUGUUUUUUAUUAUUGUGUCCUUUUAUUAUUUGAUGUAAAAUAAUUAAUUUAUUAAUGCAUAGCUUCUUCUUUAUAUUUCAUUGCUUACUUCCUUAAGUAAGUGACAACAAUUCAGAAGAGAAAAUGAUAGUGCCACAUAAAAUAUGGGUUAUAGUGUAAAAAAGCAAAAAUAUAAGUGUAAUAUUUAAUUGUUUUAUAAGUUUUUAUAAUAAAGUACUCUGUUUCAUUAUAUUUUGAAUUGUAAAAUUCUUAAAUAAAAAUAUGGA